AGCAAACAGCACCUCACCACUCAGCUUCUUCUCACUUGAGAUACAGUUUAGUUUCUGAGAUUAUUAGACGGUGGCCGCCAGAGCACGCAAGCGCGAUGGCGGCGAGCAAGGUGCCUGCACUGCUCUCAUGUGCGUUCUUGCUCCUAGGAGCAGCAGCUGGUUACUACAGUCCUCCGAGUCCUGCUUCGUGCGAGCUCAAGGUGGGAUACUACCACCACAAGUGCCCCCCCGCCGAGGCCAUCGUCAAGAGCGUCGUCGGAGCCGCCGUCCGGCAGAACCCCGGCGUCGGCGCCGGCCUCAUUCGCAUGCUCUUCCACGACUGCUUCGUCGAGGGCUGCGACGCCUCCGUCCUGCUGGACCCGACGCCGGCCAACCCGCAGCCAGAGAAGCUCGGCUCGCCCAACAACCCCAGCCUCCGGGGCUUCGAGGUCAUCGACGCCGCCAAGGCCGCGGUCGAGCGGGCGUGCCCGGGCGUCGUCUCCUGCGCGGACAUCGUCGCCUUCGCCGCCCGCGACGCCUCCUUCUUCCUCGGCGGCCGCGGGGUCGACUUCGACAUGCCCGCCGGCCGCCUCGACGGCCGCGUCUCCAACGCCUCGCGCACCCUCGACUUCCUCCCGCCGCCGACCUCCAACCUCUCCGGGCUCGUCCAGAGCUUCGCCGCCAAGGGCCUCGGCGUCGAUGACAUGGUCGUGCUCUCGGGCGCGCACACCGUCGGCCGCUCCCACUGCUCGUCCUUCGUCCCCGACCGCCUCGCCGUUCCUUCGGACAUCAGCCCCUCCUUCGCCGCGUCUCUGAGGGGCCAGUGCCCGGCAAGCCCCAGCUCCAGCAAUGACCCCACCGUCGUGCAGGACGUCGUGACGCCCGACAAGCUGGACAGCCAGUAUUACAAGAACGUGCUGGCGCACAGAGUUCUCUUCACGUCGGACGCCUCACUCCUCUCGUCACCGGCGACGGCGAAGAUGGUCUCGGACAAUGCCAACAUCCCUGGGUGGUGGGAGGACAGGUUCAAGGCGGCCAUGGUGAAGAUGGCCAGUGUCGAGGUGAAGACCGGCAACAGCGGCGAGAUCAGGAGGAACUGCCGGGUCGUCAACUAGCUGUUCUGAUAAUGUGCAGCAAUCAUGCAUGAUCCAUGUUUAUAAUACAUGUUGUUAUUGUAUUGCCAUUGUUUUGUUUCAUUAUUAUGUCAACUUCAUUUUGUAAAUUUGGUUGAUAAUAAUAAAGCCAUAUUAAUCGCUCUA